AUGAGACCGGAAGACGCAAACAUUGGGACCUCUGGCUCAAGAACAAUCACGGUCACCGCCAACACCCUUCGAUUGACAGCAACCAGUGAAGGCCAACAGCAGCAGCAACCAUCAUCAUCUACAGCAACACAUCAUGAUGGAAUACUUCACCCUCCGCAAUCCAACGCCCACCAAAAUGACCGACGCGUAACGUGGGCCGAAGAUACUGUUGACAAUGAGUUCAUGAACAAAAAAAAAUCAAAAAUUUGCUGUAUAUUCACUCCAAACAGUGGGGAUUUUGAAGAAGAAACCGACUCAUCUGGUGGCGAGAGUGACAGCAGCAGCAGUAGUAGCGGCAGCAGCAGCAGCGAAGAAGAAGAAGAAGAUGAUGAUGAUGCUAUGGCCCGGAAAAGUGCUAGAAACCAUCAUGAUCAUUGUAAUCACCAUGAUCACCAUCAAAAAAGAAGGGGAAAGAAGAAAAUAAAGGAUAAAACCCAGCUUCCUAAGCCAAAUGCUUACGAAAUACAGCCCAAAUAUAGACCAUUGAAGCGCGAAGAUGGAGAGGAUUAA